ACCACUCGGUGAACAGUCGCCAACGGAAGCACAACGGCAGCUCGGUACUUCUGUUCCUGUUUUUUGUGCGAUCCUUUCCCAUUCAGACGCAAUCGGAGCGUAGUGUUUCAUCUACUCCAAGGAUUCUUCUCGUGCGAUUCUGCUCAAUCAACGCAGUGAUCAAAUCAAAGGCAGACGAAUCAAGGUGCAGUGAAAAUGUCUACCGUCGAGACGCAGGUGCACAGUCCGAUCGAGGGUUGCGACGGAGUGCAUGGGCCAGGCCCGAAGGCCACCACCAUACUACAGCUGGCAAUGGCCGCUCUGCAUCUCACCAAAGCAUCCGUUCCUGAUAGCAACAGCAUUGGCCACCAGCAGCGACCGCGUAAACAGAUUACUCUCAGUGAAGUGGCUUAUCAUGAUUCGUUUGAAGAUUGCUGGAUCGUGCUGUACGAUCGCGUGUACGAUAUCACCAGCUUUCUGCACUUGCAUCCCGGUGGACACGAUGUACUAGUGGAGAAUGCUGGGCGUGACGCAACGAUUGCGUUCCUCAACGCCGGACACUCCAAGAUGGCACUCAACUCGCUGAAACUGUACGAGAUUGGAGAGCUGCCGGCUAGCGAGUGCAUCUAUCGUUGCACUGGCAAACUGACGCUAACCCACCUGCCGGAUUAAGCACAAACUCUAUCGCGUUUUCCUCACACGAUCGGUUCUCUAGUAGCAGCAGCCCAUUUCACUGGAUGGGAGCGAUCAGUAUGCAGUGCAUCGUUACACGGAUCGUUCUCCCCUCUAUUUAUUGCAUUUUCGUUUUGUCGCUUACGAGAUGGUACGAGAGCUUUAAACCAUAGCAUAGCAUAAUGAGACAGUAUUUAAGCAUCAACCACACAACCAUUAGAAUGCCCGCAAGCCACCGUCGCCAACUGGGAUGAUAAGUUAGAGACCGUACGCCAAUCAUCGAGCGAUUGGUGAAUGGUCAGCCGGUCCGGAUGAAGUGUAAAAUAAAGCUACAUCGUUUGUAAAAAUUA